GGCACCCGAUCUCUGAGACAAAUGAGGAGGAGAUAACUUCUAUUGUGCUGUUUAUGUGCUUAUCACAGACUAGACUCGGCAAAUUCCUUGGUUCUUGCUACACACAGUGAUUUUAAUUUUGUUGUAAUCUGAACUUUUGGGUAUACUGUGGUUGAUGUAAAGAUGGAAGGAGUUCCGGUGAAGGUUGAUGCAGAAGAAUUCACCAACUGUUUCGCUCUCUUAUGGGCAAAUCCCUUCAUUUUGAGGCUUGCCUUAUCUGCAGGCAUUGGAGGCCUGCUCUUUGGCUAUGACACAGGUGUUAUAUCUGGAGCCAUUUUGUAUAUUCGAGAUGAUUUCAAGAGCGUCGAUCGCGAUACCACUCUGCAGGAGCUCAUAGUGAGCAUGGCCAUCGCAGGUGCAAUCAUUGGAGCUGCAAUCGGUGGUUGGUUGAACGACCGAUAUGGACGGAGAACUGCUCUAUUGAUUGCAGACUUUCUCUUUUUUAUAGGAGCAAUUCUCAUGGCGGCUUCACCCAAUCCAGGGAUUCUGAUUGUGGGCAGAUUGUUUGUGGGAUUUGGUGUGGGCAUGGCUUCUAUGACAGCCCCUCUUUACAUUUCAGAGGCCUCACCGGCCAAAAUCAGGGGAGCUUUAACUAGUACAAAUGCUUUUCUCAUCACAGGAGGGCAAUUCUUGUCAUACUGCAUCAAUAUUGCUUUUACAAAGGUUCCUGGAACAUGGCGUUGGAUGCUUGGAGUUGCAGGGCUUCCUGCUCUUUUACAAUUUUUGCUAAUGAUCUUCUUACCUGAAUCUCCUCGUUGGUUGUACAGAAAGAAAAGAGAGGAGGAGGCUGUCGCAAUACUUAAAAAGAUAUACCCACCAGAAGAUGUUGAAAGUGAAGUUCAAGCACUCAAGGAAUCUGUGGAAGCUGAAAUGGAGAUAGGAACCCUUGCUAACAUUCAACUUUCUAAUCUGUGGACUGUGAAAGAGAUAAGAUACGGGCUCUUUGUAGGAGUGGGUCUUCAGGUAUUCCAACAAUUUGUGGGCAUUAACACUGUGAUGUAUUACAGUCCCACGAUAGUGCAAUUAGCAGGGUUUGCUUCAAACACAGUGGCUCUGCUACUCUCUCUGAUUACCUCCGGUUUGAAUGCUGUUGGAUCCAUAAUCAGUAUUUUUCUGAUUGACAGAACAGGGAGGAAGAAGCUUGUACUUUUCAGUUUAUCUGGAUGCAUUUUGGCAUUGGCAAUGUUAGCUGUGGUUUUCCAUAUAGCAUCAGAUCAGGCGCCCAUGGUAAGCAGGGCAGCCACCACAAGCCAGUUUGCAGGCUACACAUGCCCUGAAUAUGCAUCUGCUACCUCAAGCUGGGACUGUACCAAAUGCUUGCAGGCUGAGUGCGGAUUCUGUGCCAACAGAGCUGAUCAGCUGCUGCCUGGAACAUGCAUAAUUUCCAACUCCACAACCAAACGUCUGUGCAGCAAGGUGAACAACAGCCCAUGGUUUACUCGCGGAUGCCCCAGCCACACUGGAUACCUAGCCAUUAUUGGGCUCGCCCUAUACAUAAUAUUUUUCUCCCCUGGCAUGGGAACAGUUCCCUGGAUUGUAAAUUCUGAAAUAUACCCACUGAAAUACAGGGGCAUAUGCGGAGGAAUAGCUGCUACUGCUUGUUGGAUAUCCAAUUUGAUAGUGGCGCAGACAUUUCUAACUCUGGUUAACGCCAUUGGAACAUCCUUGACAUUCAUGUUAUUCGGGUGCAUAGCUGUGGCAGGUCUGUUCUUCGCUCUGGUUUUUCUCCCAGAAACAAAAGGGCUAUCAUUCGAGGAAGUGGAGUUAAUGUUGCAGUCAAGAGUUAGACUUUUCAGCUUCAAGUUCUGGAAAAAGAAUCCCUCUGCAAAGCAAUCAUACAAGAAAGAAAUGACAAGCAUAAAGAACAAAUCCAGUGGGAACAGUGAAACUUAGCCUACCGAGUCGUACUCAAAAUCUGAUUUUUAUGUGCUACAACGCUUUGACUUUUUGGCAAGCUUGUCUGCCAGUGCCAUCUGUAUUUGUAACAUUCAUGAUCAGAUCCUCUGUAAUCCAUCUUUUUCAAUAGGAAUCCUAAUAUAUAACACCUAAUGUUCUUACCAUCUAUGUAACUUAUAGAAAGAAAUUACAAUGGAAUAACAAAUGGAUUUUUCCCUGCCC